AUGAAGACUGCCUUCCUCCUCCUCACGCUCUCGGCGGCCGCCACCGCCACGUCGCAGCAGCAGUUCAAGGUCUGCAAGACGCACGAGGACUGCAACCAAGGCUUCUUCUGCCGCCCCACGGACGACAAGGCGUUCUCCAUGUGCCAGCCCGGUGACCGCCCGGCUUCGGGGUCGACGACCGCGCCCAAGCCCACUGACGACCCCGCCGCCGGCAAGGGCAAGCAGUUCGAUCCCUGCACGAGCAACGCGAGCUGCGGCAAGGGCCUCUUCUGCAAGCAGACCGACAAGCCGCUCGACGGCAAGUACUUCUCCAUGUGCCAGCCCAACGAAGGCUGCGCCAAGCUCUACGGCCAGUGCGGUGGCAAGGGCUUCUCCGGCCCGAGCUGCUGCGGCAACAACAACGCGUGCAAGCACCAGGACGAGUGGUACGCGCAGUGCGUGCCGGCGAGCCAUGCGAUGGCGUCGGAGGCUUCGUGCACCAACGUCAGCGUCGAGGGCGAUGCCACGUACUGCAUUGAGGGUGCGAUCUGCGGCGGCGCCGGCGACAAGUGCCCGAAGAAGGGCGAUGUGGCG